CUUUUUCAAAGUGUUGAGCAAGGGGCGUUAUCUACUGGUGCUGCGACUUGCCGCCUCGACUCCCAAAUAGCCAUAAAACACCAAAUGUGCCUUGCCACGCAGAAGUGUGUAAACCAGGCUAACAAGCUCUGCAACCCGUUUAAAGCCCAGCGGUUGGUAGUUGAGGUCAGUCGGAGAUUAGCGCACAUGAGUCGGCGGCAGGGCGGCUCCCUGUUCUGCUGGGGUAAUCAUUUAUUAAUAGUUGAUAAUGUUAAUAAAGGUUUGGGUCUAAAGCCAGUUAUAUAGUAUUUGAAACUUUCAUCUAAGCGUUGCUUACAAUUAAAAAGAUUAUAAUAAUAACUAAGUAUCUUGCUUGCUUAACACAUGUGUGUGAGUAGUAAUUGAUUCAAGCGCAUAUUAGAAAUAUAAAAUAUAAUGUGGCUAAGCAAAAAAUAUGUAAAGUAUAACUUUCCUGGUCAUCUUGUAAUAUAUUUAAUAAUUUAUAUAGCAACAGUUUAGUACAUUACGUUUAAUCAUCAUCAUAACAUCUGCUUGUAUAGAAAAUAAGAAUUAAAUAAUAAAUAUACCUGAAAAUGUGUUUUCUACAGAAGUGAUUGUAGUGAUGGCCAUUUAAUCAAUCUGCAAAUUAUACGUUUGGCUUUUAUAAGCCCGGAAAAAUCGUGUUUUUUUUUAAUCAGAAGCUGUUUUAUAACAAUAAAACGAAAUAAAAGCGGUUGCAUAUCGAAAAUAGAAGCUUAUUUGAAGAUCAGUCGAAAAAUGAAGUGGAGAACAUGUUGGAUGUUGCAUCUAAUACUGAUAUUGAAAGUGGUCCACUUAUCGAUGCAAAUCAGCUACGAAUUCGAGAUUGAGGAUGAAUCCAUCUACUCCGAAUGCAGCGACGUUCCACCCGGAACUCUCGACAUAAGCGGGCUGUUCGACUUGACCAAUUACACCACCACAUUGACACCGGAUGGAAUUGCCGUGUCGGGAAACAUGACAUCCGUGUUUAAGGCCGAGCCAACGGAUCGCAUCGAGUUGACUGGAAACCUGCUCUAUUUCGACCGAGGUGCCUGGCAACCGACCGCAUUGAAUAUGAUGGUGCGCGAUUUCUGCGCAGUUAUGUAUGACAAAAAGCAGCUUUGGUACUCAGAUUGGUCCUCCCACGUUGCAAAUAGCGAUGAGAUCAAGGACAACUGCAUCAAGGUGCCCGGUACUCUAUUCCUCAUAGAAACCUAUAAACUGAAGCUAGUUUUUGGCAGUGGCAUACCAUUAGGUACUGGCCGUUACAGCAUUCGUGUGCAGGUGUUUGCAUAUGACCAGAAGGGCAAAAAGCGUCCCAAUGAUGUCUGCUACGAAGUUAAAGGAAGUUUCUAUAAGAGAACCUAGGAACUCCGAUGUCCUGUGCAAAUCGUGGAAAUAUAUAUUAAAAAAUAUUAAAAUGUAAACUUGUUGCUUUUAUAA